UUAUUGCUGUUACCAGCUUGUGUUGUUUUUCGUGCUGUCAGUUGUUUUGUUACUAAUAGUAAGCAUUUUUUUGGGCUUUAAAUAGGUCUAAAUUAAGAAGUUAUGUCGUUAUUAACAAAGGAGAAUGCCUACCAGCAUUGUCGUACUUGUUUAAAAAGACUUGGUGUGACUGCAGAUAUCUCUUCGGGCAAAUAUGUUGAAGAUGCUGCACCGGAUAACAAGGACCUGCAAUUUAACAUUUCCAACGAUGCUGAAUUGCAACAGCUAAUAUAUAUUUAUAUAGAUGGCCCUAGUAAAAAUGACACCGUAUUUGCUGUUGAUAAUGAAUUGCCAGACAAUAUAUGCCUAGCUUGCUAUGAUAAGCUGCAUAACUUUAGCUUGUUCUGUAAGAGGGCACAACAAAGUGCUGAAAAAUUACGCACUGUACUUAAUUGUAGUAGUGGUAUGAUAAAAGUUGAAAUAAAUUAUGACGAGGAUGAAAACGAGCAGCACAAAGAGAGUACGGACCACUUGGUGCAGGAUUCCAAACUACAGUUUAGGGAUGCGCUUAUGGAAGACGAGCAAGUAUUUUUCGAAACAUCGGUAGCAAACAUGGCGAAUACAGAUUUAAGCGAUGAAAUAGCAGAUCCCUUUGCGCCUUCAUUACAAGCGACAUCCGAAUGCAGCAGUAAAGAAAUCGUUGUUGAAAAGCCAGAUGAUGUCAAGAGAGAAGCGCCUGUAUUAGAGAAAGAAAAAUAUAAAUGCACACAAUGCACCCAAACUUACGCUUUCAAUUCAGAAUUGGAUGUCCAUAUACGACAGAUGCACAAUGUCAAUAAAUUGCCAUUUUCGUGUGGUCAUUGCGACAAAGCCUACAGAUAUAUUCGAAGUCUGCAAGAACACAUGAAGCAAAAACAUCAAGCCGUGCUAAGCGCAAAUGCCCAGUUUAAGUGCAGUGUAUGUCCGAAGGCGUUUCUAACCGAUUUAUCACUUAAAAAGCAUAUGUGUUUUCAUAUAAAAGAGGACAUGGCGCGUGUGUGCGGAAUUUGUAGUAAACGAUUUCCUGUAAAAAAUUUACUCGUAGAACACUUGCGCACACAUUCUACAGACGGUAGAAUACCAUGCAGCCAGUGUGAGAAAAGUUUUAUGUGGUACCAAGAUCUAUUGAAUCAUGAACGUUCAGCACACCUGAAAGAGAAACCGUUUCCCUGCAAACUUUGUGAUAAAUCAUUUCAAACGCAAAAAUCUUUACGUUUCCAUAGUUACCGACACUCUGGGGAAAAACCAUAUCUUUGUGACGUUUGUGGAAAAGACUUCCGUCAACCAACGGCUAUGAAACAACACCGGCUGAAACAUUUCAAAAAUGAUACGAUUGAAAAAAGCUAGAAGCUUGACGUUGAAAGUGCAUUUGAUGUAAUCUCUAAAAGUAUUUUAAUCAUAGAAAAAUGAUGUAAAGAAACACAUCAAUAUUUUAAUAAUUGUAUGGUAUAUAGAAAGUAUAUAUAGGGAAUUUUAAGUUUUUACAAUACUUAGUUAUAUUUUAUGGUUGAUUUAAUACAUAUUUCACUGAUGAAAUUAUAA